AUGGGUGUCCAGAUUGGCCAUUUGCCACGUAAAGUGGUAGAGAAGCUAGCACCAUAUGUGGAUCGGGAUGAAAUUGCGAUAGAAGCUGUUCUUACAGGAGAGAAGGGCAUGUUCGACUGCCCCAUUCGUCUGCAGAUAUAUGGGACUAGCAACCCCAUCAACCGCCUGGUGCUAGAGGAAAAGCUGAAGAGAGACAAACUUAUCAAGGCUGGCGAGCUCAAGAAGACGAGGGCCGAGGCUGAGGCACAGCGGAAGAUGUUGGGCAUCAAGGGCAGUCAGUCAACAGUUGGUCUGGAUGGUGGCACGGCGGAGCCCGAGGUAUCACUGGAGGAGCUGGCACUAGCCAGCCAGGCAGUGCAGGGCCAACCCCGUGGAGAUGCUGUCAAGUCAUUUGUUGUGGACGAAGACUUCUUGUCCAAGAUGCCAAUGGCGGAGCAACCUGUUGUUCUCGAGUCAACACUGCUGCCAUACCAGUUACAGGGUCUGGCUUGGAUGGCAUCCAAGGAGAAUCCUCAACUUCCUGCUAAGGGCACUCAGGAAAGCAUUCAGCUGUGGAAAUGGGACCAUAGAGGGCGUGGCAUGUACAAUAUGGCGACCAACUUUGUGGUGUCAAACCCACCCAAGCUUCUUUCUGGGGGCAUAUUGGCUGAUGACAUGGGUCUCGGCAAGACGCUGCAAGUCAUCAGUCUCAUCUUAACUGGUGGCCCUGGCCCGACCCUUAUUGUUGCUCCUUUGAGCGUCAUGAGCAACUGGGAACAGCAGAUUCACAGGCACGUCAAGAAAGAGCACCUGCCGAAGAUCUUCACAUAUCACGGAAACAACAAGGCAACGAAGAAUGAGCUGGCACAGUAUCAGGUCGUUAUUACCAGUUAUAACAAGCUUGCAACUGAGGGUGGCAAGGAAAAAAUCGAGACGCCGUUGGGACCGCUUAUGGCUACAAACUGGAGAAGAGUUGUACUUGAUGAAGGUCACACCAUUCGAAAUGCGAAGACGAAGGCUGCCGUUGCCGCCCGAAGGCUCAACGCGCAGUCCAGAUGGGUGCUCACAGGAACUCCAAUCAUCAACAACAUCAAGGAUUUCCAUUCCUUGCUGCAGUUUCUUUCCAUCACCGGAGGUGUCGAACAGCCUGCCAUAUUCACCACUGUAAUUUCGCGGCCUCUUGCACAGGGCGACAAGACAGCCGAGGCCCUUCUCCAACUGUUGAUGCGAGAUCUCUGUUUACGACGCAAGAAGGACAUGAAGUUCGUCGACCUCAAACUACCGCUCAAGAAAGAAUACGUCCACCGCAUUGCCUUCAGGCCAGAUGAGAAGAACAAAUAUGAGGCCUUGCUAUCUGAAGCACAAGUGGCUCUGAAAGAUUAUCAGAAUAAUGCGAGCGGAGUGAAGGGCCAGUUUCAAAGUGUUCUGGAACGACUCCUUCGCCUGCGACAGGUGUGCAAUCAUUGGACGCUUUGCCGCAAGAGAAUCGACGAUCUCCUUGCAGCCCUUGAAGGCCAAUCCGUUGUCGUUCUCAACUCAGAGAACACCAAAAUCUUGCAAGAGGCCCUGCGCCUCUACAUCGAAACGCAAGAAGAUUGCGCCGUUUGCCUCGAUACUCUGAACAAACCCGUCAUCACGCACUGCAAGCACGUUUUCUGCCGCGCCUGUAUCUCUCAGGUGAUCGAAACGCAGCACAAGUGCCCCAUGUGCCGCAACCAGCUCGCAGAAGAUGCACUGCUCGAGCCCGCCCCUGAGGGUGGCGAGGAAGAUGAUGAGGACUUUGACAGCAACGCGAAGAGUUCCAAGACCGAGGCCCUCUUGAAGAUCCUCCAGGCCACGACCAAGGAUCCCAAGUCCAAGGUUAUCAUUUUCUCACAGUGGACAUCGUUUCUGACCAUCAUUCAGAACCAGCUUGUCGAGGCAGGAUACAAAUUCACCCGCAUUGAUGGUUCCAUGACAGCACCGAAGCGUGAUGCGGCCAUCCACGCCCUAGACCACGAUCCCGACACGCGCGUAAUGCUCGCCAGCUUGGCCGUCUGCAGCGUCGGCCUUAACCUAGUGUCAGCGGAUACCGUGAUUCUGGCUGACAGUUGGUGGGCGCCGGCGAUUGAGGAUCAGGCCAUUGACCGCGUGCACCGCCUGGGACAGAAGCGGCCGACGACGGUGUGGCGCCUCGUCAUGGAGGGGACUGUCGAGGAGCGCGUACUGGAUAUCCAGCACGAGAAGCGGACACUUGUGGGCAAGGCGUUCCAGGAGAAGAACAAGGGCAAAAAGACACAGGAGACCCGGAUGGCAGACAUUCAAAAACUGCUUGGCUGA